UGAUCUGAAUGUCGUGAUUAAUAUAUGGGUGUACUAUAGUUUGUAAGUGUAUAAACUGCCUAUAAAACGAUUAAAAUUUAUAAUUUUUCAGUGGCAGAGUCUUGGAAUCGACAUCCAAUUGGCAUACUAGCGGGCAACAAAUAUCAUAUGGGUAUUUAUGACGAAUGUGUCGACGUUAAUUAUCCAGUAAAGGGACAGUAUUGUUUGUCCGAAAUACAUUUGUUUCCGCCAAUGGGGAAAAAUUACAGUUUUCUAAAAGGAACGGAAAACAUUAACAAAGUUGGCGACAAUCACGCGUGGAAAACAAUACUUGGGUGGGUCGAUUCUCCGGAUCUAAUCAAACGAAACAGUUUGAAUUUAGGGAUAUGCAUACCGGAUUCUUGUUCAGCGUUAGAUCUACAGACGUCGUUGCAAAAUGAAUUUGACAAGGUGUUUUUACCGGAGAAUUUCAAAGCUGUCGUCCAAGUAGACCCGAUACUCUGUACUGUGAGUGGAGAUAUGUAUCCUUACGACAUGGCGUAUUUCUUAACCAGGUAAUUCGACGAUAACUUAA